AUGGGUCGUAACAUUGCUGGCCUAAUCUCGCAAUUCGAGCCACUGAUCUAUCUUGCAGCAUUUAAAGGUAGCUUGGCCUACGUUUUAUGCUUUAUUUUAUUAUUUCUAGAUUCGUUUCGAGGACUUAUUCAAUUUCCAACCGCUGGCGGCAGCGCAAUUCUCUUCUGCAUCGCUGCUUUCCCGGGGAAAUCCGUAGGCGCAUGUAUGAUCAGUGUGUCUCUCGGCCUCGCAGGCAUCGCCCUAGGUACUUUGAAUUUUUUCGUGUUGGCACGUCUAGCUGCUUAUCCGACGGUCCAGGCAAUACUUUUUUUCUCGAUGGUGUACAUUUUGGGUCGUAUCAAAGCACUUAGUCCACACCUGCUAGCAUUCUCCGUUUUGUGUAUCCUAAUGACAUGGAAUGGUAUUUAUACGUCGUUCUUGAAUCCCCACCGAGGAUUCUCUCCAAGACUUAUGUUCAGCUAUUUACAAUCGUAUUGUUGGGGAGCUGCCAUCGCAAUUUCCGUCAACAUUCUGAUCCUACCCCAUUCUGCUGAAAAGGAAUUUCGACUUGCCCUUGUUGAUGUGCUCGACCACGUCAAAACUCUGGCACACUUGAUUGAUAAAACUUAUAGAUUCGUAAUCACUGAAGAGGAGAAGCUGACGAGAGAUACUUUGGUGGACUCGAUUCGAGCGGAACUGGAUAGGCUCGAAAGCAAACUGAUAGAAACCAUGCUAGAGGUCAACUAUUCGAAAUGGUCGCUGAUAGAAUAUCAAAAAAUGCUCCAGUUUACCACAUCGAUGACCCGAUCCUUGGUGACGGCCCACUCGAGCCUAAUGCAAGUCAACCAAGUCAACUCGGGCACCUUUCAGGAAAACUUUCUGCUGUCCUCUUGGAGAGAUAUGGGAUUGCUAAGGAAGCAGGUCUUCGUCGCACUAACCGAAAUUCAGAAAGCUCUGGCGACGGGCCCGAUGUUAGUUUCGUUGGAGCAAAAGCAGUACGAAUGGUUGGAAGACGAACUUGCACACACUUCAACGAAAAUUUGUCCUCUCGGAAUCUCAGAGGAAGCUCGCGCCCUCGGGGAAGAGGCUCCGCUAUUCAGCCCUUACUCUAGAGAAUCAAAGUUCAAAACGACCGAAGGAGAGCCCAAUCAGCUUGCAAAUUCAGCUCAUAUUCAUGGAGCGGACCCCACACCGCAUGACCAACUAUACUCGGCUGCCAUCCCAACAGAGCUGAAAACCUCGGCCAUUCCACCUACUUCCUCGACCACGCAUCACAAUGACCCCUUAACUGAAUUGAUCGAGAUUCACUGGCAGUCUUUUCAAGGCAUUCAAUUCCGCCGGAUCAAUGAGAUCAUGUUGUUUGGGAAAUUUGACCACCAUCAGAAAGAAGACGUUCGGUCUAGACUCUCCUUUAGUAGUUCGAUCAACCCGCCUUCUGAAACCCCGAGCGUGCAAUCAUCUCACCAGGCAAGAUCAAGAGUCAGCGAAAGAAGUGACAUGUCUUCUGAGUCACUGAUCAUCAACGCCGGGGAGCCCUCCUGUGAUUCGUCCUCCGAGGAGGAGAGGACGGACGACUCGACUCUUGGAUCUAUGGAAGAAGUGGAUAGCGUUGAAUUAUACCGCUCUUUAAUCAGGGCGUCAUCCUACUCAUUUGCGAUGAAGAACUUUCUACAUAGUUUGAUUAGGAUGCGUGGACUUGCCGACUGGAACAACCUCGAUUCCACGAGGCCUAGCCGAGUCCAAAUACACGUACUCGAGGCUUUCCGCAAGCCGGUUCAAUCUGAGGAGGCCCCGACGCUCAACGAAAGCGCCACGACAACAGGCCAGGAUGAAGACACUUAUCCGGAAGUAACGACAGAUCAGCAGGCUUUUGACCUCUUAGCAGGUCGGCAGUCGUCGCUGGGAAGUAUGAGUUUGAUGCGGCGGUUGAAUGCCAUCGAUCGGUUCUUCAGAGCUUCUAACAGUAUUUAUGCCUUCAAGAUGGCCUGUGCUUUGACGAUCAUCGGCACUCUCUUUUGGGCCGACAAGACGAGAGAUUUUGCUCUGAAGUACGGACUCGCGGCCUCUAUCCUUACCGCCGCCGUCGGAAUCACACCCACCUUGGGACAGACAUGGCUCUCUUUCAUUUCUCAGUUGAUCGGCCAAGGCUUCGGCUCAGUAUAUGGGACAGUCAUGGUGAAACUAUUUAGUGAUCUUGGUGGUUACCGAUACAACCCUUACGGCCUGGUGGCGGCACUAACACUCUUAUCACUGCCCAUGUCGCAUAUUCUAUAUGCCAAACCCCACCUGUUUGUAAUGCCGUUCCUUUCAAUGAGCUCGGCAGGCUCAUUGAUCUAUGUUGAAUAUAUCAACCAACACCAGCCAUUUGAUUCCCCUGCACUCAAGCUGGGCAAGAACUUGGUCUGCUUGACCUUCGCUAUUCUCGUCGUCACCUGUGUCCAAAUGUUCGUGCUGAGGAACCCGGCCAAACAUACCUUGAGAAGUUCAGUGGCCAAGUUGAUCCACACAAACUCGACAUAUGCACUGGUACUUAAUUCAUUCAUCAAAGCCGUCAUGACUGCCGAUUCUAGCAUCAGACCACCAAGCCAGGCACUAUCACGAGUAAAUGAGUACUUGAUCAAGAUUGAAGACCGACUCCAACGAGAUAUCCUAGCCUUGAUUCCUCUACUAGGGUUUGCUGGUCUCGAACCUUCACUCGGGAAAUCAGUAUCCACUGAAGCGGAGUAUCUCAGCAUCCUCAGGGCCAAUCAAUCGAUUCUAGAUCGAAAUCGUGAAGCACGAAUCGCCAUGGGGGGUGCGCCCUUCUCGGAGCUGGUGCUGAGUGAAUUCGCCGAGGCCCUGAAGCCGCAACGACAGCGAGCCUCGCAGCAGAUAUCUUCGAUUUUUCACCUCUGCACGGCCUCCUUGAAAGCCAAGCUCCCUCUGCCCACUCCUGACCCUCACCCGCCGUCGAGUCAGGAGUUCAGCCGACAGAUGUUCCACAGCUCGGUCAAGCUGUCGGCCCGCUUAGUCCAGUCUCCCGGUGGGAUUGCACUCCUCCAGGAUGACGAGUUAACUCGCUAUUGGACGUAUCUCUUGUGCACAAAUGGUGUACUUGUGCAACUAGAUAAAAUCCGGAAAUCAUGUCAUAUCAUUCUCGGAACCAUAGGUGAAGGAGAGGACUUGGUCUGA